GAGAGCACAGUCAGCACUCCGGCGAUUUGCUACCUGUUUCAGAAAGACGCACGAGUGCGCUUUACCUCUCCAGGCACAGCCAAAUGGACCCGGCGGACUWGACGUGKURARAUGUAAAAGGCACCUAAAGAAAURAGCAAUGUCUUACAGUUGCAUUAUSCGCUGCCYCAGGUUAUUACUUCUGUGUUUUUUGAGGAGGUAACAGAGGAGGAUAUUGCAUGCCAACAUGGAUUGCCUUUUUCUUUUGAUAUGGACUUUGCCUAUCCCACUUGUCAGCUGCACAUCAGUGAAGAUUUUAUCCACUCUGUGGUUCUGGAACACAUUGAAGACGCUGCAUAUCUACUGCUCACAUUCCAUUUACUCUGUUUCGUCCACUUUUGCCAGUGACACCAGUGGACUGAAUCAUGAUUACAUGUUUGUGACGCCAAUUGAGGUGGAUGCUCGGGGUGGGUAUGUGUCCCACGAUAUGCUGCGGCGAGGCCGGAAUAAGAGGUCCCUGCCGUCCAUGGGGGGCCCUGUACACUACAGGCUAUCUGCCUUCGGGAGGGACAUGCACCUGGACUUACAGCCUGCCAUGGUAGUGGCAGAGGGCUUCACAGUACAGGUACUGGGGACAGAGGGCAUCACCACAUUGGCACAGGAGCCAGCCCAUCAGGACUGCUUGUAUCAGGGAUUUAUACGCAACCUCACAGCUUCCUCUGCAGCCAUAUCUACAUGUUCUGGCUUGUCAGGUCUGAUCCGGAUGUCUGAUGAUGAGUACUUCAUCGCCCCCUUGCCCCAGCACCUAGCUGCAGAGCACAACUACAGCUCCCCGAGUGGACACCACCCACACGUGGUCUACAAACGCUCGGCUGAACACAAAGUCCAUGGUGGCCAGAGGUCUAUCCACAGCUCCCAACCUGGCAACCCAUAUCUACAGCACCAUCACCAGCAUCACCACGACUACCAGCACGGGAAGCUGCAGAGACAACACUUCUGUGGACGCCGCAAGCAAUACACUCCCAAGCCCCCUGCUGAGGAUCGUCUCGCCAUGCCUGAUGAGUUUGAGCUCCCAGGCAGGGGGAAGCGAUCACCCAUCACGUCUAACAAGGUGGGGACCUUGAAUGUGGAAACACUGGUGGUGGCAGACAGGAAGAUGCUGGAGAAACACGGCAGAGAGAACGUCACCACCUACGUCCUCACUGUUAUGAACAUGGUUUCCAGCCUUUUCAAAGACGGCACCAUCGGAACUGAUAUCAACAUUGUGGUGGUCAGCCUGCUUCUUCUAGAGCAAGACCCACUCGGCCUGUCCAUCAACCACCACGCCGACCAGUCUCUCAACAGUUUCUGCCAGUGGCAGUCGGGCCUGAUCGGUAAGCGCCACGACCACGCCGUGCUCCUCACCGGCCUGGACAUCUGCUCUUGGAAGAAGGAGCCCUGUGACACCCUGGGUUUUGCUCCUAUAAGUGGAAUGCCUGUUGAGGUAAUUUGUGUUGAACAUGAGGCGAAGAGAAUGCCUGCCCUAACCUAUGCCACAUCUGUGUUGGGUCUACAUGUGUUAAUUGUCUGUUGUUUUAGGCCACAACACAACGGGAAGUUUUGCCAGGGCUCCAGUCGUCUCAACCAGCUGUGUAACACAAAGCCGUGCCAGCCCAGCGGAGUGGACUUCCGUGCCCAGCAGUGUGCUGAGUACAACAGCAAACCCUUCAGGGGAUGGUACUACAAAUGGAAACCCUACACCAAGGUGGAAGCUGAGGAUAUCUGCAAGCUGUACUGCAUCGCUGAGGACUUUGACUUCUUCUUUGCCAUGGCCAGCAAAGUCAAGGAUGGGACAUCCUGCUCAGACCACAGAGGGGACGUGUGCAUCGAAGGAGUCUGUGAGCCAGUGGGUUGUGACCAGGUCCUGGGCUCUAAGGCAACUCUGGAUGCCUGUGGCGUUUGUAGAGGGGACAACUCCACCUGUAAGUUCUUCAGGGGACAGUACGUCCUCCAGCACAGAGCUAACGAAUACUACGCCAUGGUGACCAUCCCACCUGGAGCACGGAGCAUCCGUGUCCAGGAGAUGGAGAUCUCCACCAGCUACUUGGCUGUGCGCACCCUGAAGAGGAAGUACUAUCUGACAGGGGACUGGACGGUGGACUGGCCUGGAAAGUUCCAGUUCGGUGGGACGGUGUUUGACUAUCAGCGCUCUUUCAACCACCCAGAGAGCCUGUACACGGCUGGACCCACUAAUGAGACCCUGGUCUUUGAAAUCCUGCUGCAGGGUAAGAACCCGGGUGUGGUGUGGGAGUACACCUUGCCUCGCAGUGAGAGGAAACCCAACUACACAUGGGGAGUGGUUCGCUCCGACUGCUCUGCCCCGUGUGCUGGAGGUCGGAUCUCGACAAAAGCCAUCUGUUUGCAAGAUCAGCGGACCCAAGUCAACUCGACACAGUGCAACCCUCAGACCAGACCAGUGCUCAGCUCUCACCUGUGCAACACGCAGCCCUGCCCAGCCUACUGGACGACAGGGGACUGGGGGCCCUGCAGUCGGUCCUGUGGGGGCGGGCAACAGACACGUCACAUCCAGUGCUUGCGUAAGGUGACGUACCAGCGGGAGGAGGUGGUGGCUCACUCCCUGUGCCCGGUCAUCGCCCCAGCCCAGGUGCAGCCCUGCCACACCCAGGCUUGCCCACCUGAGUGGAGCUCUGGAGCCUGGUCACAGUGUUCCAAGUCGUGUGGGCGUGGGAUGAGGAAGCGCGGCGUGUUCUGCAGAAGCACUGACCCCGGAGCAAAGGCUGUGGUGGUGCCGGACAGUAUGUGUAAGCCACACCACAAACCCAAGGGCCAGGAGACCUGCGUGGUGCGCCGUUGCCCCAAGAAUGACCGGCUGCAGUGGUUCACAACACCCUGGGGCGAGUGCUCCACAUCCUGUGGCCCAGGUGUCAGAAGCAGAGAGCUGCGUUGUAGGGAGAGGGAUUCACAGGGGGGCUACACAGAGUUCCCUAUGAGAAGGUGCAGGAACCUUCCCAAACCCUCUGGGGAGCUCCAGCAGACCUGCAGCAUGGGGCCGUGCCCAGAGCCUCGACCUGURGUCCCAGGAAGGACAGCCAGUGCAGUGGUCCUGGGCUGGUACUCUUCUCCUUGGCAGCAGUGUUCUGUAUCCUGUGGGGGAGGGGUACAGUCCCGUUCUAUCCAGUGUCUGAGACAGGGACGUCCUGCAGCUGGUUGCCUGAACCACCAGAGACCCGUAACAUCCCGGGCCUGCAACACACACUUCUGUCCUGCUKCUCGUCCUGCUCCUCCUGUUCACGUACCUGCACACGUUCCUGCUCCUGGGACAACCCUCAAAGACYAACAGUCUUGUGUUGACUUCUUCAGCUGGUGUCACCUGGUUCCUCAGCACAGUGUGUGCAAUCACAAGUUCUACGGACAUCAGUGCUGCAAGUCCUGCAGUGGCAAAAAGCCAUAAGUUCGGAGGACUCCUUUUCCCAUGAGCCUCUAGCUGCAAAUUGCUUAAUAUGCGCUACAACUCUAAAGGUUGCUGUGGUUGAAAAUACAUUUUGGGCCAUAAUGCACAAGAGAACUGAGGUGCAGUCUCUGUUCCUGGAGUACUUGACUAACAGUGAUUAGCAAAAUAAAAGAGAAUAAUCUCCUUUCUGGAUACGGUGUGCUAAAGAUGGCAAUGUGGGCAAAGACAUUCAUGUGAAAGCAGCAUCUCAUAACUGGAAAUACAGUGCAACAGAUCAUUGCAGGACAGUCUCUGUGUAAAUAUAUGUAUUGUAUGUCGUGAUAUUGUCAACAUCUAACUCAAAGCCAUCAAGAGAGCUCUGAGAAUGUCUGCAUUUUAGCUCACUCGUGUUUUGGCAUCUGGUUUCAGACGACAUUUUAAGUUAUUAUGGCACACAUGUUAUUUAGCYUUUGUCAGGUGUACCAUGGGCUUUGUGUGCUGCGUGUGCUCCAUGUUUCAAGCUCUUUACACGUAGCAGGCUACCUAUCACAGAAACUCAGCACAUUCAAUAAUUAGACUGUACAUUAUACAUGUAAAACUUUAAAAGACAUUUUGAAGUUGAUCACAACUCCCAAAUGCACUUAUCAGGCCUGGUCCCUCUAUCUCUCAUGGUUCAUGAUUGGUGCUUUAUUGUGUAACAAGAUACAGUACUUACAGUACAUGUGUACAUUCCAUACAUCUUCAUGUUGUGAAUACAUGCAUAUUUGUGUAUGAGAAAAUAACAUUUGUUUACCCAUAUUGUCAUUUUAAUGUAUGCUCCAAGUGUCCUGAGCAAGGCAGUUAACCCACUGUUCCUCGGGCGAGGAUGAUGUGGACGUUGAUUAAGGCAGCCUCUCACACCACUCUGAUUCACAGGGCUUGGGUUAAAUGCGGUUGUAUGCAUUCAGUUGUACAAACUGUCUAGGUAUCCCCCUUCCCUUUCUUGUGAAAAUAUUGGUGCAAUUCUGACAGCCGCCGGGAAACCGCAUGUUCUUUCCCCAUCCAUCAUAUUGAUAAGGAAACACGCUCUGUCUAUUGGACCAGCAGCACUGAACCUAGGUCCUCUCACACCGGAUAGAUAUGAUGCCAAAUCAUUAACUAGCGCUGGGUAUAGCCACAGAGGAUCCCCCAGACUUCCACCACUCAUUAAUGAAAAUCAAUGUCUGCAGGCUAGUAAAGGGAGCUGCGGAUGGGGCCGGGUCAGAGAAGAGGCUUUAUUUCCUCUGCCUGGCCAGGUGGGAGAUGUGGAGAGAAGUGGUAGGCGAGAGUUGGCGGCAUAGUUGGGAGGGAGGAAGGGGUAGCCAGGGUUGAGGUUGUCACUUGCUCUCGACAUACUUUUUCAGAAUGCUAAUUAGUCACAGAGCCUGGCGUGGUGGGAGCAGACCGACUUUAGGGGGGCGCAGAGCAGACCAACAAAGGCCUCUAAAGAGGGCUGCUGCAUUCUUCCCUCUGUUUACUCUGCCCCUGCUCUCACCAUCCAGACCAGCUCUGUUUGGUUUGUUUGAGAAAAUGCCAGCGUCCCUCCACUCCCCCGCUCCCUCUCUCGUGACCCCCACCUUCAUUUUUAGCAUCAGUCAGUGCUAUGAAGUACUGUAGAUCGCAGCUACAUGAUGGUAAAUCCCAUUUUUGCACUAUUGGCCAUGUGGAAGGCAAUGGGAUAGCCAAUUGUACAGACAGCAAAGGCAACCUACUUCCAGCCAGCAGGGAGAGAAACAGGAAGAGCAUGGCUAGAGUAUAGGAUGUCGUUUGCUGUAAAUCAUAAAGAUCCUACGUCUCCCCCUGCUCCCCAGAGAGGGAUGGCCCCAUACAGAGAGAGAUGUCUGGUCUGGUCAGAGGCUCUGUGACCACGGAGUUGUUUUUCCUCCUCCUCAGCCUGCUCUCCAUCAGUGGCUUGGAAUGGAGAGUGUAGAGGGACAGAGAGAGAAAGACUGAUAUGAUCGUGAAGGACAUUCCUGAGCGAUGGCUCUCUCGGUCUCUGGUCUGGCCUGCUCACGGCUAACACUGUCAUUAUCAUGGGAGGCUACCAUUCCUUCCAAUACCACAGCUUCCUCCCCUGCCUUCACCAGGCCUGAACAGCAUCUCUGCAACCUACGCUCACAAAGGGUCAAGAUGGACUGUUGACUGUUCCUUCUCCCCUUCUUGCUAUACUCGCAUGGUCAUUUCAUGUUUUUGUUUGUUUGUUAUAUUGGUUAUGAACUAGUUUCCGCCAGGGAUGGUACUCUCUCUGUAUUAUAAAACCACUCAAUUAGUUUCCGGGUCCCUGUGAAUUGUAUGUGUGAAUUAUCUCCAGUUUAUUGUGCUGAACUAAUGCUCUCAAAUAGACUUUCAAAUGUCACAUUGGACUGUAGGAGGACAUGGGAGUGGGGAAUAUUUGAUUUUACGUGUGUUUUUCAUCAGCCUUGCAUCAUUCAUAUUUCUAUAUGUGUUGUUCGUGUUAUUUUCUAUGUCCUGUACAGUUGUUGUAUACUCUAUUGUCUUUUCACCUGUAAAGACAGGAAAAGUGUGUAAUUUAUUACUGUUUCAUUGGAUCUGAGAUACUGAACACUAUUGGUUGAGAGGGGAGCUGCUUGUAAUAUAGAGCAUGAUCAGUGUAAUAUUUAAUACUUUUUCUCAAAGUUUUAUAAUAAAACUAUGACAAAAUUUAUUCCCCCUA